CAAGGGAGGGAGGGAAAGAGGGAGGGAAGGAAGGAAGAGAUGAUUAAAAGAAAAUAAAUGUGAGGCGUGCACAGCGGCAGGUGUUGAGCGACGGUAAUGGAGAAGGAAAGAGAGAGAGAAGGCAGAGUCGUCUCGCGUAACCGCCGUGGUGCUGAGGAGGUGGAUCCCGAUCUUCAAAAUACUGCAUGCUAUUUACGUCACUCAAAGCAACAUGAACAGCAGUUAACAAUAAUCAAGGGUUAUAACUCUGUAGCCAAUGCAGUUUCAGAAUCUUUCCUUUCCUCGCCCCCCCUCGGAGGGCUGCAGGCAACAACAUGGUGCCCGGCUCGGGGGCGGCCAUUGUUACUGUAACAUUUCAGCAGAGUGACCUGGGUUGCACACGACCCUGCAGCGGCCGCCACAGAUAUUGACAUUCUUCCGGGUUGGCGGAGGCGACCCGCCCGCCACAAGGCCCGGCCGCUACUACGCCUGUGUCGCGUCCCGUGGGGUGUCAUGGCGUGCCCUGGUGGGCCCUGUGGCUACGGCUGGGCACUAACUUCAUGCCGUGUUACAUAACUGGCAACAGUUUCUUCCUUGGUAUCAUCCUCUUCAGCAUGGGUGAGGAGGCUUCCACCCACGUCGGCUACUUCCUCUGCCGGGCCGCGACGUCCACCAAUCAGAGCGCAGCUCGCAGAGUGUAUCAACUCCCUCAGCCAAUCAUUCGUUCUGGGAAGCGGGGCGGCCGCCAAUGGCAGGCGGCCUCUGGGUGUGGGCGUGGCCCCGCGCGAAUACUGAGGCAAAGGAUCUAAAGGAAGAUUAUUAUCGUGUCAGCUUCCGCCAAACUUGUUGCUUAUUAGUAGUAACGGGGAGCGAGCGGUUGGAGCGGUCCACGGCGGGGCGCGGCAGUCUCCCUAUCCCGACACGGCGGUGCCUGACGCAGGGCCAGGCGCGGCGACACGUCCAUCCUCGGCACGGGGAGUGUCAGCCACAAUUACGUCAACAGGGGGUUUCAGAGGCGGCGGCGUCGGCGGUGACGGGACGACCUCCUCCGUUAUGAGCGGGUCGAACGUGGACGUUCCUGUGGGCGAUGCCCUUUUAAUGGCACAGCGCCAAAUGCUGUCGUCCCUGCCGCCCGCGCUCUUCCUGCGGGCGUCGGAACGGUAUCAGCGCACGCCAAAAUGCGCCCGCUGCCGUAACCAUGGCGUUGUGUCUGCUCUCAAGGGCCACAAGCGUUACUGCAGGUGGCGUGACUGUAAUUGUGCUAAGUGCACCCUCAUCGCCGAGCGGCAGCGGGUGAUGGCAGCGCAGGUGGCGCUCCGGCGGCAACAGGCGCAGGAGGAGAACGAGGUGCGUGAACUUUCUUUGCUUUACCGCUCUCCCGUCACCUCCGGCAGCAGCAGCAGCAGCAGCCCAGCCACAGCCGCCGCUCCCGGAGGUGGCGGGCCCACAGGAGUUCCACCCGUCACCGCCGACCCCUUUUCGCACGACCUGCUCAUCCCUCCCCAUCUCGCUCUCUCAAUAUCCCUGCAGCAACAGCAUCACCAACAGAGGCCUAUAUAUACCUCUCCGUCGUCCUCGUCUUCAGAUCAACUGUCCCCAGGAUGCAAACGCUCCCGCCCUGAGGAGGACGGCAGGAGCGGCUCCCCAGCGUCUCCUGUGCGGGAGGAGCCCCUCAGCCUCAAGAUUGGGCCGCCCGCCUCCCCUGAGCACGCCCAGCCCUCGUCGCCCACGCCCCACGCCCAGCCCCUGCCCAAGGCGCCCACACCUCGCGAGGACACCCACAGUGAAGACGAGGAGCCUCGGCCCAGCAAGGCGGCGCGGCGGGAGGCGAGUGAGGAAGAGGAGACCGCGACAGUUUUAUCUCCGGCGGCGACUCCCGCGGAUGAGGCAAAACUAUCCAGCAUGGAGACCUUGGUGCGGCUCUUCCCGGGGCGCAAAGUUCAGGUCUUGGAGGCUGUGUUGCUGCGCUGCGGCGGGGACGUGCUGCGAGCUAUCCAGACGCUGCUGUACGCCCUCCCGCCCACCACACUGCCCCAGCUGCCCACGGGUCACCCCCACCACAUCCCGCACCACGAGAACAACAACAACACCACCGAGAGCCAGCAGCAGCGGCACGCCCUCCACCACCACCACUCCCAGCUCCACCACACACCCCAGCCCCGACCCUCGCCGCCGCGGUCCCCGGAGCCCCGCCAUCAUGACCUCUUCCCUGACCACGCGGCUCUCAGGGCAUCGGCGUUUGCACCUCUUGGCCCCCCCGCCCUUUCCAGGUUCCCAUACCCCCCGCCACACGCUCUGAUGGGCCUCCCCUACCCUCCCUUCAUGCCCCCCCGCCCAGAGUACUACCCUCCCCUCAACCUCUCCUCCCACACCGCCUCCCUCCUCUCCGGCCACCCGCCCUCACCACCUCCCCGCGAUCUGUCCGUCUCCCCCACCUCCCAGCCCGACCCCGACACAGAGUGAUGCUGUUGCAUAUCUAAGGCAAGAGUGAUAUUAUGACAUCAAAAGAACAGAAAAGAGAUCUGAAAUCUGGACAUUUUUGCGCAACUAAAUCAGCCGCGGAGUUGUUGUCACACAUACACAACGUUCUGACACAUACCUCACUCACCGACUGAGGCUACGCUGCCCUUCGCACGGUUAUGUGAACUUAGUUUGUCAUUAUGGGAACUUUGAUUUGGCUUGUGUUUUGUUCGUUGUCUCAAGUGUUUUCCCUCGUCCAGCGCACGCCCCCUCUAAAGCCAGGCCGGCCAGACGCGUGGACACCACAACGCCAAGAGGAGGGACCCUCGCCGGUGGAGGGCCGGAGGGGCGGCGCCACACGGCGAGGCGCGUGCGGCAUUGUGUCGCCGGCCUGAGGAGCGCCUGUACUUUGUGCUUGGGGAGUCUGCACUCGAAAAGCAACGAGCAAAAUACGAAAUUAUGAUAACUUAUUCUUCGUUCAUUUAUACGUACGUCAAAAUGUCACUGUGUUUCAUCAUGCACGUUAGAAAUAACUAUCAAAAAGUCACAUUUCUUUCUGUGGUUCAGUCCCCCAUCGUUGACGACAUGGACGUCCUUGCCAGCCUUAGGAUUUGUAACGCUUUGAUCUUCAGUUCACUUAACUGCAUUUCUGCAUCACGUUUCAAAAUUAACUGAAUUUCAAUCCUCCCGAAGCAAGUGUUGGGACGUUCAGGCUCACCGAGCAUUGGCUGCAGGCGACAAGAAUGAUACACAACUAUCGCCUCAGUGCUUCCUCCUCAGCGGCACACGCACGACAAGUAAACACACACAAAAGGGAAGGUGACGGUAACAAAGUGACAAGGUGUGUCAUACGCGGACGACCAAGGCGUUGACCUGAGGCCAGACGUGGCCAGAAGUUUUGCUGAUUUAGGAUUCUCAGGAAUGUUUCAUGCGUUUGUAGUAUUCCUUUGAGUGAUACUGGAGCUGUGUACGAGUAUGGCACUUCUAACGUAAAAUGAUUCAAUGAUUACUUUGUUUCGCAAUUACUCCUUGCUCAGUUUUACUGGAGUUCGUAUCAUUAUUUUUUUCCCAAGCCGCCCAAAGCAAGACACUUCUCGUAUAACUAAACUGAUAACUAUUUUGGUUCCUUUUGAUCUUGAUAGGAGCAGCAUUCGGUCAGCAUUUCUUUAUUAUUUUUCUCAGCCCUUGAUCUGCUUCCUUUAGGAGUAAAAUAAAUAAAAAAUAGAAGGGCCGUCACUGAAGAUCGCCUUGCCCACAUUGUCCUCCCCCCCCUUCCUCACCCCUGCCACGAGCUCAGAGCCAAGGUACAGAAGGACAGUCGGCCGCCAGCGUGACAAACAGUGCCACCAGCAGUGAACAGUGACAUCUUCCUGAGCUGGUUAUGAUGAGCUUGAAAUGACUUAGAGUGUGUGUACGUGUGUUCGUCGGUAUGGUUGUGCGCGCGACACGAGAUGGCGCCAGAUUUUUGUGAACGUGUGAUUUUAUUGUAAAGUGCAUUAUUUUUUUAUUGUUACUUGAGUCCGCCAGUAGUUUAGCGCAUCAUUCUUCGUGUACAUACAUUCCACUGUGUCUGAUUUUGUUUUCAUGAAGCAAGUCUUAUUACCACAAAACAAUUAUGGUAGCUGCACCAACCAACACUUUGUCGACAACUACAACAACACCUUCACUAACACCACUCUCACAACCAAUAUACAAUUCUCCUACCAAAUUAUAUCACUAUGAAUUAUUUACACCAACCACACACAUUUUACAACCAUCCCACACCACAACAACCACUACAGCAACUCUACACACAUGCAGGUACCGAUAUCAAAACUACCACUAUUACCACUACCACCACUACUAACACCUCUACGGCACCACCAGAGUCCAUCAACACACAAACAAUCCCACACUGGCGUACCGGACCCGCCAGAGAAUGAAGGUUGAUCCAGAGCCACAGAACAGGAGAGUCUGGCCAGCUUCAUCACAGGCGCGUGUUGUUACCUAAAGAGCCGUCGCGAAAUUCAAAUAGAUAGUGUUCCUUUGUGCUCUCUAUAUAGGCACUACUUCGAGAUCCUGACGCUACUUAGGUUAGUAUUAUAAGACACUUUCGCUUCUCACAUGUUAUUUCUAAAGGUCAAAGAGGGGGCCAGUCAGGUUCUAAUGAGUGUUUCUUCAGGUUCAUGGUACGGAAGAAGACUCACACUACCACCAGGAUCAUAAAACUACUCCUGGAAAUGCCCACAACUCCUACGAAAGCCUUGUCAAAUAUGUGUUCUUGGGCGGCGAUAUAUCUUGUAAUACGACCCUUAGAGCACACCAAAAAUCCCUAUUAUAUCACCAUCAAUUUGAAUUUCGCGCGGCUCUUUAGGUAACGACAUGGCAUCUGUGAUCAAGCUGGCCACACUCUCCUAUAUUCUACGGUUCUGGGCUGAUCCACACCCUCACACGAAGAUACUGGCCCCUCCCCGCAGGUCACACCUUUAUAUAUAUAUGGUAAAUAAGUACAUAAAACUGAUGCUUGAAUACACUCACAUACAUACAUAUAUAUAUAACGUUCUACCUAUAGUUGUAAUAUAUAAGUAAGAUACCUUAUGAAUUUUUACAUCCAUCACUUGCCCUAAGUAAGUGAGUCGUGUCACGGUGUUGUUACUCUCGUAGGUCAGGUUUUGUGAAUACUCGCACUUUGUAGCUACGGCGAUCAAUAGCAAAUAUGUGUUUUUAUUAACUUGUUAUGUGCAAUAGAUUAAAAAAGAAGAAGCUGUCAUCCCAUUUACAGCAACCUUCAACAGCAGCAACAACUACACACACACACACAUACACACACACACACACACACACACACACACACACACAUCCCUCUGUAAUGAUUGCCGCUUGGUCAGUGUCCCGGAGCAGGAGUGAGUUGCCGCAUUAGUAGCUGUAUACUGUAUCGCUAUUAGAAGAACAUGUAAAUAAAAAAAAUAAA